AUGGACAAAUGGCUCCAAGAUAGGAAGCUUUGGCUUUUUGGCAGCACGCUGCCACUGCUACCAAGAAGGUCACGCGCGCCGAGCAAGGCGAUGGAAAGGUACGAACGACUGGCGCGACUUGGGGAGGGUAGCUAUGGUGUAGUCUUCCAGUGUAGAGAUCGGCAAACUGGAAAAUUGGUAGCUGUAAAAAAGUUCCAACAAACCGAAGAUGAUCCUCUUAUACGCAAAAUCGCGCUACGUGAAAUACGACUCCUUAAGAAUCUCAAACAUCCGAAUCUGGUCAAUCUUUUGGAGGUGUUCAGGCGGAAACGAAAGUUACACCUAGUCUUCGAAUACUGCGAAUACACGUUACUAAAUGAGAUGGAGAGAUAUCCGAGCGGCUGUCCGGAGAUCACCACAAAACAGCUUACUUGGCAAAUUCUACAGGGUGUCGCAUAUUGUCAUCGAUUGGGAUGUGUUCACAGAGAUGUAAAACCCGAAAACAUUUUAAUCACAGCUGAUGGUGUGGUAAAAUUGUGUGAUUUUGGUUUCGCGCGAAUGCUCAGUCCUGGUGAAAAUUACACGGAAUACGUUGCAACCAGGUGGUACAGAGCACCUGAGCUUCUGGUCGGAGAUACCCAAUAUGGUACACCAGUCGAUGUGUGGGCAAUUGGUUGUGUUUUCGCAGAAUUAAUACGUGGAGAAGCACUGUGGCCGGGAAAAUCGGAUGUGGAUCAGUUGUAUUUAAUUCGAAGAACUAUUGGUGACUUAUUAUCGAGGCAUAUGGCUAUUUUUCAACAAAACGAAUUUUUCGCUGGUAUCACUUUACCGACACCUCAAACUCUUACUCCCCUCGAAUCUGCUCUACCACAUAGAGGCAAUAUAACGCUACAGCUUGACUUUCUCAAAAAAUGUUUGGACAAAGAUCCUGAUGAAAGAUGGUCUUGUGAACAACUACUACAACACUCUUAUUUUGAGAACUUUCAUUUUAAAAUGCCCGAAGCUGAAAUAGAGGAAUUUGAGAAGCUUAAAAAAUAUCGGGAUCGAUCACGAAAUAGUAAUUACAGUCAAAUGGUAUUACCCCAACUUCCUAAAGCUGGUGCUUCAGUACAUAGUCAAAAUGAAAAUCGGCCGAAAAGCUCCUCCAUGCAUCAUCAGCAGGAUUUUGAUCAUCUGCCAACUAUCAAAGGUUGUAAUUAG